AUGGCAAAGUUAAACGAACCAGUGACCAGCAGCCAGGAGCAGGCGAUGGACUCGGCCCGCACCUUUGAGGACAUGAUGUGGGUGCCAGUGCAGUUCUAUCGCAGCAUUGGCGAGGACAUCUACGCCCAUCGAUCGAAGAGUCCGUUGAGGUCGCUGCUGCUCAAGAUCUACCUCUACGCGGGCUUCAUUAACUUCAAUCUGCUGGUCAUUGGGGAGUUGGUUUUCUUCUACAAUUCCAUACAGGACUUUGAGACCAUUCGCCUGGCCAUUGCAGUGGCUCCGUGCAUUGGCUUCUCCCUGGUGGCCGACUUCAAGCAGUUUGCGAUGGUUCACUACAAGGCAACGUUGAUACGGCUGCUGGACGAGCUGGAGGAGAUGCACCCAAAGACCCAGGCCAUGCAGCGCGCCUACAGGAUGCCCGACUUUGAGCGCACCAUGAAGCGGGUGAUCAACAUCUUCACGUUCCUCUGUCUGGCCUACACCACCACCUUCUCGUUCUAUCCGGCGCUCAAGGCCUCCGUGAAGUUCAAUUUCCUCGGCUACGAGACCUUUGACCGUAACUUUGGCUUCCUCAUUUGGUUCCCCUUCGAUGCGACGAGCAGCAAUUGGGUCUAUUGGAUCGUCUACUGGGACAUUGCCCACGGGGCGUACCUCGCUGGCAUUGCCUUCCUCUGUGCGGAUCUGCUGCUGAUUGUGGUCAUCACUCAGAUUUGCAUGCACUUUAACUACAUUUCCAUGAGGCUGGAGGAGCACCCGUGUGAGCCGCACAAGGACAAGGAGAACAUUGAGUUUCUGGUGUGGAUCAUUCGCUAUCACGACAAGUGCCUCACACUCUGCGAGCAUGUCAACAGUUUGUACAACUUUUCGUUGCUGUUGAACUUCCUGAUGGCCUCCAUGCAGAUCUGCUUCAUUGCCUUUCAGGUCACCGAGUCCACCGUGGAGGUGAUUAUCAUUUACUGCAUAUUCCUGAUGACUUCGAUGGUGCAAGUUUUUUUGGUUUGCUACUAUGGAGACACAUUGAUUGCAACGAGCCUACAAGUGGGCGAUGCUGCGUACAAUCAAAAGUGGUUUCAGUGCAGCAAAACCUACUGCCAAAUGCUCAAGAUGGUGAUUAUGCGUAGCCAGAAGCCAGCUUCGAUUAGGCCACCAACAUUUCCACCCAUCUCAUUGGUUACCUACAUGAAGGUCAUCAGCAUGUCGUAUCAGUUCUUUGCUUUGUUGAGGACCACCUACAGUGCUAAUUGAAGGAAAGAAAGUGCUUCAAACUAGCACUAUGUUGCCUUAUCAGUGUAGUUGAACCACUUGC